CAUCUUCGGUAACAUUUGUGCACUUUUAUAAGGAAAUUGGCUGGGAAGUUCUAUUGAACAUCUCACAUAGACUUCGAUUGUCAUAAUUAUUUAAUUUUUUUUUAAUGAACCCAGCAAUCUUUGUUUUUGUCUGAAAAGUGGUCUGGCAUACAAACAUCUUUCUGUAACAUUACAUUUUUUGUUGCAAAGGCAAUGUAAUAAUCCUGAAUAAUGCAGAGAUCAUAAAAUAAAAAUUUAUAACAUAAUUUGUACUUAAAAAACAAAACAAAAAAAGUGCCUAAGACUUUUGCACAGUACUGUAUAUGGAAACAUGAAGGGUAAGGUGGAGUAUGAGGUAUUGUGGAGAUACAGCCCUGCUGAGGGGAGAAAAUAGUACAGUAGAAACCCUCAGAAUUUGUAAUAGUUUUAAUGGUUAUAAUGGAAAAUGUACUGGGUCUCUACUGGUAAUUUGUUGCCUUUUAUUGGUGGCAUGUUAUGUCUAGUGUAUACCAUUAAGGUCCAGUAAUGGUUUUAAUUGUUAGCUGAUGGGUUGUAAUGGUAGGCCUAUUUGUAGUGGAAACCAUUAGAAUUUCUUUUUGGGUUUUUUUUUUCCCAGCAGAAAGGAAAUCAAGUCAGUUAGUAUUAAAACUGUAAGUAUUUAACUUGAACACUCGUUUUUCAGCAUUUAAUUGAAAACUCAACACAAUGGUUCAGUCAGUGAUCGAUUAGCCGGCCUGUGCACUGGUGUUUACUGGUGUUGCCUAGCAACCCCAAACACUGCCGUUCACCUGCUUGAAUAGCGCUUUCAAUCUCGGAUUUUGCUCAAAUCUUCUGAAACUCCACUAUAAAGCAAAGACAAGUCCAUCAUGGCAGAAUCAGACCCGACCUGUUUAGCUUCUCUUAUAUACCUGCUGAGGGAGCGAUUCUACAGGCAGGUGAUAAACACGGCUCUGAACUACCUGAAAUUCUACCCAAACGACCCCGUGCUCCUGUUCUUCAAAGCUUUUGCGGCUCUGAAUGAAGGACACUUUCAGGAGGCUAUGAGAGAGCUGAACAGUCUGAGGGACCAGCCUCAGGUCUCCCUGUGCUCAGUGAUGGCCCUGCUGUGGGCCCACAGGCAAAGACAGACCAUCGAUGGAGAGGCUGUGUCUGAGCUGGAGUCCUGUUUAAAGAGAGCCAAGAGGACAGCUGGAGAAAGGGCUCUGUACUAUGUGGCACUGCUCUACUGGAUUCUGGGGAGAAAUCAGAAAGCCAGAGUGUACAUAGACAAGAUGCUCAAAUUAUCCAAUGGAUCUUCAGAGGGGCAUAUUCUUAAGUGCUGGAUUGUCCUGACCUCAGAAGAUGAUGUUGAACAAUCUCAGGCUACUCGAUAUUUUGACAGUGGCAUUUCUGACUCAAAAAAUGUGUUUGGAUUGAUGGGAAAGAUCGAGUUUUUCAUGGCAAGACAGAAGGAGUCCUAUGCUCUGAAUAUCAUCAAUCAGAUCAUAGCUUCCUAUCCUGACUUUAUUCCAGCUCUGGUUCUCAAGAUGAACAUAUUUCUGUCACUCCAUAACUGGGAACACACAACUGAGGUGGCUGAAAGGAUCCUAGAGCUGGAUGCACAUAACUUAAAAGCACUUCAGAUGUUAUGCAUAAUCUCUGCCGCGAAGGACGGUGAUAUAGAGAAGGUGAAAGAAUAUCUUCAGUUACUUCUGAAUGCAGUUGUGGUCACAGAGCCCAGCACUCCCAGUCUUCAUAUGGAGAUCACCAUGCCCAUCAGCAGACUGUGUGGACACAAUAAAGAUAUUGUGCAGACGCUGACGUCAUUUUUGCAGAGAUGUGUGUCCAUAGCCCCAGAGGAUUCUGCCAUAGUCUCUGAGCUCGGUUACCUUCUCACACUCCAACACAAGUACAAAGAGGCCCACAAAUGGUACACUAAGGGUCUGAAUAUAGACUCUAACAGUGCGGCUGCUAUAUCAGGCAUGAUCAGGUGUGAGCUGAUGGAUGGGCGUGUGGAGAAAGCAACAGAGCAGUUGGAGUUCUUCCAUGCAUCACUAGGAGGCUCAGCAGAAAUCAUACUUUUGCAAGCCAUACUGGCCACAAAGAAAGGAGCAGAUCAGGAGAGUGUGGUGGCCCUGCUGAAGGAGGCCACAGAGCUCCAUUUUCAGACUCUUCAAGGGCUACCGCAUGGUGUGGAAUACUUACAGAGACUCAACCUCAGCUUUCUCCUCCAGGUCGUCAGCAUGCAUCUUGCAGGCAGUCAGGAUAUGCCAUAUGAUGCUGGUCAAGCCUAUCCCUUUGGACUGAAGCACGCCUCUAUGAUUCUAGAGGCUAUAAUUAAAGCUGCUCCUCGUGUGUUAUCCAGCUGCUAUUACAUGGCACAUGUCAAAUUCCUUACAGGUGAUCAGGCAGCUGCUCAGCACUUUCUGAACCUCUGUAUGGAGAAAGAUCCCUCCAUGCCUGAGAUCCACUUACUGCAGGCCAAACUUCACCUUCAUGCAGGAGUUUACAACAAGUGUCUUAGCAGUUUGGAGUCGGGAGUCAGCUAUAACUUUGAAUUAAGACAGAAGCCACAGUAUAAUUUAAUCAAAGCCAGAGCUCUGAAGAGAGCUGGGCAGCUGUCUGAGGCCAUCCAGUGUCUCCACAUGGUGAUAAGCAUGCCAGGGGUCAAAAGGAUCAUUAAGGGACAAGAAAACUUGAUCUCCCGCGGUGAGCGAGUUUCUCUGUUCCUGGAGUUAGCAGAUGCCCUGCGGCUAAACGGAGAGCAGCAUGAGGCUGUAAAAGUCAUACAGGAUGCAAUUUGGCAGUUCAAGGGCACCCCUGAAGAAGUGAGGGUUAUGGUGGCUAAUGUAGACUUGGCCUUAGCUAAAGAUAAUAUUGACGAAGCUCUAAAUGCACUGAGAAAUAUAAUGCCGGGUGAGUCCAUCUACAUACAUGCUAAGGAGAAGAUGGCCUGUAUUUAUCUUGAAAGAUUGAAAAACAAGAGGCUCUACAUAGCAUGCUACAGAGAAAUCUGCGAACAGCUACCAGGACCUCACUCUAAUGUGUUGCUUGGUGAUGCCUUUAUGAAGAUACAAGAGCCUGAAAAAGCUAUUGAGGUCUAUCAAGAAGCAGUCGAAAUGGCACCAAAUGAUGCAACACUUGCCAAGAAAAUAGGCCAAGCCCUGGUGAGGACACACCAGUACAACGAGGCUGUUAACUACUAUGAAGCUGCUCUCAACACCAGCAUAAAGGACUCUGUGUGUUUAGACUUGGCUGAGCUUCUGCUUAAACUCAAGCAGUCUGAAAGAGCUGAGAAAAUCAUACAGAAAGCCUUGGAUCAUGAAGACCGUACUGAUCUGACCACCAUGGUGAAUGAUGUAAAAUUUUCAAGAAUGCUUGUGAAAAUUCUGCAGGCCAGAAAUGAACUAUGUCUUGAGAAGAUACAACAGGUCAGUGACUAUUUAUCUUGUUUAUUUACAGUUACAAUACACUAUAUAUUCAAAAUUAUGUGGACACCUUACCAUCACAUCCAUAUGUGGGCCUUUUUUUUUUUUUUUUUUUUACACCUAUUUUAUGAACUCUUAUUUUUCUUGCAUGUUUCUACUUGUCCUCAGAUCUCUGAUGUCCAGCAGAAGAUUAUGAGACGUUUGCCAUUUGAGCAACCUGAGACCAAAGAUGAGCAAAGGAAAGUGGCAGCAGCUAUUUGUUGUGAACAGGCCCAAGAGUAUCGCAGGAAACCUGAUCUAGAGAGAGCGAAGCAGUGUUAUUCAGAUGCUCUGAGCUACACUCCAGAUGACAUAGAGAUUCAUUUACAAGUUGCUCAGUUGUACUACGAACACCAGCAACUGAAUUAUUGUGAAGACCAUUGUUUUAAGAUAUUGAAGCUCAAUGAAAAUCAUACUAGCACCACCAUGCUGUUAGCUGACGUGCUGUUCCAGAGAAACCAAAAAGAAGAAGCCCUCAAGCUGUACACAGAUAUCCUAUACAAACAUCCAGACAACUUCCAUGCACUGGUGAAAUUUCUCCACAUGCUACGCUGGGUGGGGAGACUGGAGGAAGUGUUGUCCUUCUUUGAGAAAUGUGAAGCCUACUCUCCAACUGCGGUUACAGAACCAGGCUACAACUACUGCAAAGGCCUCUACUACUGGCAUGUGUACCGUGUACAGGAGGCAAUGAUGCACCUGAACCAGGCCAGGAGGGAUGCCGAAUGGGGGGAAGAUGCCCUCGAGUUGAUGGUGCACAUCUGUCUUAACCCAGACAAGAAGACAUUUGGAGGAGAGGUGUUUGAGAGCUCAGAGGAGGGCUCAAGGGAACCAAGCACCAAAGGUGUUGGAAGGUCCUGGAGACUGAAGGUGCUGGAACCGUACUGUACUUGUUAGGAUUUUCUUCUUCUUCUAAUUCUUCUAAUCUUCUUCUUAAUAUACAGUAUUUCUGUCUUAAAACAAAUUGUGCAGGCCGAACCACAAGUUAUGUGAAAUUUGGUCAAUAGUUACUACUCCCUCUCACUAUUCGGGAACCCGAGAUGUGCCUGAAAUGGUAGUGCUAGCACUGGGUUUUAUGGUUUGGUCCAUUAUUUGUUUUGUUCCCAAUUUUGUUUGUUCCUAACAAUUCUGAGGACAAAUUCUCAAAACCCACUUUUGCAAACUAGUCCUAGGAUUUUUGGCUUAUCUUUACAAAUUUGGUGUCAAACUCAAACAUCAGUAAAGAUCAAAAAGCCCUUGGUCAGUCAGCUUUCAGCAGGCACUUGACUGGGUUACCACUGAGCUAUUAUCACAAUACUUAAUAGUAGGUACAGGUAGGAACCUACUACUAUCAGACGUGUUUGGCUACUCGGGUGUGCUAUUUUUGUUUGUGUACACAAAGCCAAGUAUACAGUAUCUCUUGAAAAAUAAGGUGCACAGUGAAAUUAUUUUGUUUGCUUGAUUCUUUUGCUCAAACCCUACAAAACUGCCUUUUGGACCAUUUAGCUCCACCCAUACAAAAUUUUUUAUAAUGUGCAUAAUAUGUGAAACUUACUUUUGCAAACUAGUCCUUGUAUCUUUUUAUUUAUUUAUUUAUUUAUUUUUGCCAAUCUUCAGAACUUUGAUGUCAAAACUUAGGAGAGUCUUGAACCUCAAUAAUGAUCAAAAGCAUGUUGAGAUUUGUAAACUAGAUGCUGUGUUUGUUAACAACAUCAAUCUAUUCUAAGGGCUGUAAUUCAUGAUUGGACAUAUGGAUUUGAACUAUGCCUGAAAUACAUGUUCAGUGCAAGGUUCUGAGUUUGUCUUCAAAGUCUGAAGUGUGGCCAUUGAUAGGGGGUGGAGUAUAAGUCCAAAAAGCUGUUUCUUAGUAACCAAAAGUCUAAUUAAGCUGAAAUUUGGUUUUAAUUAGCACUCAAAACAUGGCUGCCUUCAGCCGAUCUGCUUUCAGCAGGCAUUUCACACAACUAGCAUUGAGCUAUCAUCACAAAUCUUGAAAAGUAUGCCCUAUGUAACUUGGCAAGAACUGGCUGCUAAUUGCACAGAGUGCUCAGACAUCGCAGAGUGAUUUAUCACCAUUUAGUUUAGUUUGUGGUAACAAGGUAACAAGAACAUUUUUCUGCAAAAACAUCCUGCAAAGUGUAUCCUGAAACAAGAUAAUCCAAAAGCUCAAGGCAAAAUUAACUGAAAAUUAGUUUGAGAAGAAGUUUUGCCGGACAUCAUCUGAGGCAGAUGAUGUUUGAGCAGAUGUGUCAAGAAGAAAGUGCUGGGGAUGGCCUACUAGCCAGUAUUACAGCUGAGAAGAUCAAAAGCUCAUCAGAGGAUACAAAAGAGGUUGUAGGUAGUUUUAAAGGCAAAGAUUAGGCAUAAAAAUAUGUAGCGAAUAUAUGACUUUUGAUUUUGACAUACAUUAUUUGGCCAUUUCUGCUGUCGGAACAUCAGUGAAACCUACUAAAUGUUCUGCUUGUAUAAAUUCAGUUUUCAUUUGUCAGAAAUGAAAUGUGGCAAAUGUUUUCAAAUGUAUUUUUCAUUUUUUUCCUAAUGUUAUUAAAACCUACCAUGCUCUACUCUAAGUUAUUUUAAUGUGAUACAUGCACACUGCCAGUCAAAAUUGAAUCACUAUUAUUUCCACAGACCAAACAAAAUUAUACAGAAUAGCAGUUAAAUAAAUAAUCUAUAUAA